UGAGAUCCACCGUUCAGUGUUAAGAGUACAAGAUAUUCCAAACAGGCCUACAAAAGGAAUAGCAUAUAAGUCUCAGCCACCCAUUAAAACGAUAAUUUCAAAGGCUGUAGUCCUUGAUAAAACUGAAACUCCAUUUUUUCUCUUGUAUAGUUGUGAUGGAAGUAGCCACAAGCCAAAUACAAGUUGCUAAUAUAAAUGCAACGGUGCCUCCAUGGGCAGGGGCAGUUAUCACAGUUACCCUGCUUUCCCUUUCGUCCCCACUUCUUCUUCAGCUUGCUAGACCUAAGAAGAGACUUAGAAAAUGCAGCCAAUGCUUGGGAGUUGGUAACAAUCUUUGCUUGAUGUGCAAGGGACGAGGCAAACAAGGAGGAUUGUUCACAGGGGAGCCAUUAGAGAAGUGUUCAACUUGUGCAGGCAGGGGAAGACAACUAUGUACACAAUGUGCAGGCAAGGGAAUAAUAAACAGGUGAAGGUGGAUGCGAUAGCUAGAUCAUAUAGUGGAACUAAGUCCUCCACUGGUGUAAAAUACCUUUUUGUAUGGAAAGAGCUAGUAAUUUUCUUAAGAAAAAUUGAUAAGCCUUCUUUAAAAUGAAAGAGUGGAGCUCUUAAACAUCUUUUCCAAUGGUAUAUGAAAGCAAUCUCGCUUCUCUGUGUUAA